AGAGCUUGGCCAUGUUGAAGUGAACGAUUAAUGGGCGCCUUCCACUUCAAAAUCUCGCACAUUCCCUCUCCUCUACCAAGUCUAGGGUCUUCAUCUUAGCUCUUCCAGCGCAACGGAUGUCUCAUCGACUCAUGAUGGUCAACGAACGGGUCAAGAGACUUGCGUGGUCAUUCGUUUCUCCAACUGCCUUUUUGAGCUUACUUUCACUACUUGCUUACUUUUCAUUUCGUCUUCGUUGUCUGAUCAAAGUACAGCAGAUAGCAGGUGGCAAUCUGUCUGGUUCGUGGUUCUACUUGGCUCUUGAGGCCCUCACACUCAUUCCAAAAGGCCUGCCUUACGUCCUUCGAAUCUUAGCUGUCCGACCGCCUGUGCGCUUCAAGAAACGACUGAUUUCUGGUGAAGCUCCCACGGUCGACGUUCUCAUCACGUGCUGCAACGAAGACAUUGAGGUAAUCAUUAACACAGUUCGAGCGGCCUGCGUCUUGGACUAUCCUCAAGACCGUUAUCGUGUGUUUGUUUGCGACGAUGGUUCUUCAAAUGAGGUCAAGACAGCAGUCGAGAAUCUGCCAUAUUCACACGUUUUCUACACAGCACGAGUCAAAGGACCUAUCAAGGACUACAAAGCUGGUAAUUUGAAUGCAAGUUUAGCUUACUCGCGAAUGAAGCCGAUGAGCAGCAGAUGUUGCAUGGACAAAGAACUGCCCUCACCACCGCAGCUUGUCUCUACAGCAAGUUCUGUGCUCGAAUUCCCGUUCGAGUCUUCCAGAGAGAGUCUCAUGUUCGACUCAAAGGUAAUCCCACUGGAGAUCUUGAGCAUAUCCUCAGAUCAUUCAGAAUACGUAGCCGGUCUGGACGCCGACAUGAUUCCAGAGCCUCACUGGCUUAAGGCCAUGCUGCCUCAUUUUAUUGACGACAGAAAUCUUGGUCUGGCUUGCCCGCCUCAGACGUUCUACGAUGUCCCUACUAAUGAUCCUCUUAAUCAGACGAUGCAGCAUUUCGCUGGGAUUAUCGAGGUCAUUAACGAUGCACUGGGUCAUGCUGAUUGUUUGGGAUCUGGUUACGUGGUACGUCGUAGCGCUAUAGAACAGAUCGGUGGAUUUCCAACCGAGUCAUUGUCGGAAGACGUCUGUUGUUCUGCAACACUCUUGGGCGCUGGUUGGAAGACACUUUUCGUGCACGAGACCCUACAGUACGGCUCUGUCCCAGACUCGUUCUUUGCUCACGUCAAACAACGCACCCGCUGGUUCAUUGGCCAUGCACAGACGGCUGUCCUUUUCAGAUUACGAUUUUUUGGUCAUCGUGGCCGAUAUCUUACUUUCAUCCAAAGGCUUGUGGGCCUGUCUUUUGAUCUUACCCAUCUCGUCCAAAUACCCAUCAUCUUGGCGUAUUUCAGCAUACCGUUCGCGUUACUUUCUGGUUACCCACUAGUCACCUACUCAGGCAUCGAAGAUCUCAGGAACUUGAUCAGGUUUGCCUCAGUAUGGAUGAUUUGUCACUGGAUACAUCAGGGGACAAUCGGCAUUGUUGCUGGGUUGGGCAAUGGUUUCUACGAUAUGCGCCUACCUUCAACGCUCAACGAGUUAGACAGGUGGUUGGCACCAUAUAUUGCAAUCACCUUCUUUCGAUCCUUCAUACUCCCUAAGAGACUAGGGGGUAGGAAGGCUGGAUUCACUGCCACUGGAAGUCUCAGGAACGACCUGCGAGAGCGCGAUCAACACCACCGAGCGCCUCUCCACCGUCGACUGUGGGCCAUUUUCAUUCAGCAACAUCUCAUAAUCCAGUUGAUCUUCCUUCUCGCCACCGUAAGCGGAGUCGCACUGUGCUUCACCCGCGCCUUCACAGGUCUAGCACGUGUCUCCCACGCCAAUCCACUACAAUCUCUCCCAACGACCAGCACCGACCGUCUAAUUUACCUAAUCGUACGUGUCGGUUGGCCGCCACUCAUAUGGCUCCAAUACGUCAACUCAAUCCUCUCUCCAGUCCUAUACGUCUUCUUCCCCUCCACAAACCACGGCUGGGACCACAACCUUAUCCGCGACGAAAAGACAGGCGUCAUGUACCCGACUCAAGAAGCUCGCAAGCCUCGCCGCAACAAGUGGAUUCUAUGGCGCUAUAUCAGGCCCACAGUAUCAAUGACAUGGACCGUAGCGUUGCUCGUUAUCAGCACUAGAAUCUGACCGAAGGUGAUUCGCUCCCACCAAAAGCCCC